AUGGACGACAAUCACAGAUUAAGAUUCGAGCUUAACGACAACCCUGAGAUGAAAACCACUUUAGCUAACAGUGAAGAGUUUAUGGCUCCUAGUAACUCAACCGCCUUGGAGAAUGCUUUUCCAAAGGAGAUUCACAGAGCAAGUGAUCUCCUAAUGUCAGUCUCAGUGCAUGCUGAUACAUAUAAGACGAAAAUUAUCAAUCUUUCUGUUGCAGCAAUGGAGGAACUUGAGCAAAUGGCUCUAGAGCAAGAGCCAUUGUGGUUAUUCAAUGUGGAUAGAAGGGCUGAAGUUUUGAAUGCUGUUGAAUACAAGAACAGAUUUGAGCCUCUUGAUGCUGCUCUAGAGGAAAUAAUUGGAAUGAUCAAAAUGGGACGGCCUAUAGAGCUUGCAAGCUUUAAUUAUACCAAUGCUGAAGUACCAAAUGAUAAUGGUAGUGAAUCUUCAUUACCAAUGGAAAAUGGACCAACACCACCUUUAGAAACUGAAGCUUCCCGGGCAUCUGGAGUUGUGUUCAUGAAUCCAAUUGACCUUGUUAAUAUGUUCAUGGAUGUGGAUCAGUGGUCGAUUGUGUUCACCAAUAUCGUCUCAAAAGCAACAGUUCUUGGGGUAGUAACAAAAGGAGAGCUUGGUAACCCUAAUGGAGCUGUGCAAGUGAUGAAGGCAGAAUUUCAUGUUCCAUCACCACUUGUUCAAACUCGGGAGAUCUAUUUUGCUAGGUACUCUAGACGACUCUCUCUCAACAGUUGGAUAGUGGUCGAUGUAUCUCUGGAAAGUAUUUUUCCUAAUCCAAUGAUUAAAUGUCGAAGAAGACCAUCAGGUUGUUUAAUAAGAGGAACCCCAGAUGGAUUUUCAAAGGUUACAUGGGUGGAGAAUAAUGAAGUAGAUAAUAGAUCAGUUCAAACUAUGUUCAGUCGACUAAUUUCAUCAGGUUCUGCAUUUGGCGCAAAUCGUUGGCUCACUACUUUAGAAAGACAAUGUGAUCGCCUGGCCAUCCACUUGGAUGAUAGGGUAACCCGAGGUGGGGCGACAAGUUUAUUGAAGCUAGCAGAGAGAAUGGUACGAUGUUUCAAUUGGAAUGUUAGUGCAUCCACAGAGAAUCCAUGGAGGCCAUUAACAGUGCCUGGUGCAGAAGAUAUCUUGGUCAGGACUAGCUGUAACUUGGAUGAUCCAGGAACCCCUCGUGGUGUUGCGAUAACCUUUGCAACUUCUGUAUGGCUGCCUGUACCACCAGAGAAUGUUUUCGACUUCCUUUGCUGUGGAAAGUGUCGCAGCCAGUGGGAUAUCCUUACCUCUGGGCGUGUCACAAGAGAGAUUUUAAGCAUUCCUACUGGCCGUGACCCAGCAAAUACUAUUUCACUGGUCAUGGUAGAGCCUGUACCGAGCAAAAUGACGAUGCUAUAUGUCCAAGAAAGCUUCAGCGAUUCAACAGGCUACUACAUUGCAUAUGCACCUGUUGACAUCUUGGCAACAAAUUCAAUCCUGGACAGUGGAGAUCCAGACAGAGUAGAGUUAUUGGCCUCCGGAUUUUCUGUCCUACCCGACGGCCGGUCGAUUGUGGGUGAGAAUGGUACUAGUGGAAGUCUCUUGACUCUCUUAUUUCAGACACUGGAUGAACAUAUAUCGACACCGGAGUAUCUUCCCUCAGUAUCAGUGGUGACAAUAUAUAGAGUAAUCACUGAAACUGUCUCAAGGAUCAAGGGGUGCGUUGGUAUCCAAGCAUGA